GUAGGUUCUGUUCUGGGUGUUCAGUAUGGGUUCCUUGUCUGGGAUCAUUCAACGUCCUCUAGUUGCAGCCGCUGCUGUUGCCGUGGCUUCUGUUUCUGCUGAUUUUUCUGUUAAACUUCCAUCUCCUUCAUCGGAUAUUUGUUCCACCUCAGAACAAAUUGAAACUUCCGUAUCUAAUUCUUUACCAGAAUCCAAGUCUUCAUUGGUAGGUCGUAUAUCAGCUUCCAAGCUUGCAAGCCUGUCUUUUGUUAGUGGAAUUCAAGUACCUCUACCUAGUGUUAACUUUCCGGUUCCAAAUUUGGGCCGGAAUUUUGUACCCAAUGUGCUGUGUUCUUCUAUUGCUUCAUCUCCGCUACUAGUUAAUUUAUAUCAGUCAGCAGAGUUAGGUAAAGCAUCAAAGCCUGCUGCAUUCAAAGAGAGUAUCCCUACCUCAACCCCUGACGUUUUGUACAGAUGGCAUUUGCCAGAGCCAACUUCAAUUGAUAUUUCUGGGACUUCUGAUUGUUCAUCAGAAAAGUCUCGUACGGUUGUUGUUUUGUUAGGGUGGUUGGGCUCUAAGCAGAAACAUCUCAAGAGAUAUGCAGAGUGGUAUACCUCGAGGGGAUAUCAUGCCAUUACCUUCACCCAUCCGAUGAUUGACAUUAUCAGUUACCAAGCUGGUGGGAAAGCUGAGCAGAACAUAGACAUGCUUGUUAAUCACUUGGCUGAUUGGUUGGAAGAGGAGCAUGGGAAAAACCUGGUUUUUCACACUUUUAGCAAUACUGGAUGGUUAACAUAUGGAGCUAUUCUUGAGAAGUUUCAGAAGAAAGAUCCUUCUUUAAUGGGAAGGAUCAGAGGUUGCAUUGUGGAUUCAGCCCCUGUUGCAGCCCCCGACCCUCAGGUAAAUGAUGCUUAAAGGUUCUCUCGCGUUCUGAAGAACACAUACUUUGCAACAAAAGGAUUUGCAAGCUCAAGUGAAUCAGAUAUGGGGGCAUUAGUUGGCAAAAGAGAAGUCUCAGAACCCAAGCCUGCAGUAACUGAAGCUGCUUUGCUAUUAGUCCUGGAGAAGUUCUUUGGGUUGGUUUUAAAUCUUCCUGGUGUUAACAGGAGGCUUUCUGAUGUAUUAGGCUUGCUUUCAUCCGGACAACCUACCUGCCCACAGUUAUAUAUUUAUAGCUCUGCAGAUAGAAUCAUCCCUGCUGAUUCAGUGGAAUCAUUUAUAGAGAAGCAAAGGAGAUGUGGGCGUGAGGUUCGGGCGUGCAACUUUAUCUCCACACCACAUGUUGAUCAUUUUAGAAAUGACCCAAAACUGUAUACAAGUCAGCUCAGCCAGUUUUUGGAGGACUGUGUGCUUACUUCUUGUUGUAAACAUUCUUGAUUAAGUACAUUGAAGCACUUAACAAAAUUCUUCUUUCUUUUUUUUCUUUCCAAAAAUGAAAACGACGGUUAUAUAUAGUCACUAUGCCUGUAGUCAAAAAGAGGUUAUUGAAAUCAAUUGGUUAAGAUCCA